CCUAGAGUUUAGACGUCGAGGACGCAUUUUGAAUGUUCCUGUCUCGAGGUUAUAUUAGCUGGGGAGAGCAUUGACUACGGUCUACCUAUCGAAAGAAGCGCUGCCACUUUCUAUGGGUAGUGUCUCCGUUGGAUGGGCACAUUCUUCCGACUUCUCGACUUCUCGACUUCUCGCCGAACUAGAUCUAUCGUAAUGAUUGACUGUAGUCCCACGGAUGGAGCAUGAGCGGAACCUCCAACUAUUGGCAGACGGCGAACUAUCUCUCGUAUGAGAAGACGGGCUUGCCCGUCAAGGGAACUCUGCAGUUUCUGGUGUGGAUGCGUUUAAUGUACUGGUCGGUUUGGAUGAUAUUAUUGCCGCAUGCCGGCACCGCGAUUCGACCCACCAGGCGAUCGGCUAGAUUAUGUGCUACAAUUCGGUCGCCUAGUUUGUCUGGAGAGCAUAUGUUGGUACAUCAUCUCGAUCGCUCGGAUCUGUUUCCGAUACGGUAAGAUAAAUGAAAUUGGCUGACCACUCCCAUUCUAAUGUCCCCAGCUGCAGGAACGGGCAGAUGAGGUAUGGAAGUACAAUAUCGCUAAAUAUAUUUUCAUCAUUCGAUUAACAGGGAUUGGAGAUUCAGUUAGGUUGAGUACCAUGUACCCACCUAGGUUCGCCGAGCCACUCAGCUUUGCAUUGCCUCAUGCCUUGUUGUCUAUUUGACCGCUUGCGAAGGGUUGCUUGGAUUCAAAUACCUCUCAACUACUUUUAUUUAUUAUUCAACCUAGUCCAAGUCUUCCAGAGCUUUAUCGACGCUGAGUGAGUUAUAAUAUCUCUAUGACCCUGCCGAGGUACCUCAUUUUCUAUUAUACUUGCGCGCCGGCGUCAGAUAUAUUGGCCUUAAGCCAGGCUUCAAAUUGAAUGCUAACAUCCACGUUCAUUGAGCAAAUCGGAUCACGGCAGAAACACCAGCAUCACUUCAC